UGUAAACCUAAUCUGCCAUUGUACUUGGUGCUAUGUAUAGGUUUACACCAAAGAACCCUUAGAACUUCAAACAAACAGAUAACACAAUAUAUCACGGAAGACAAAAACCUACUGGAGUCACAGAUUUGUAGAUCCCUUCAAAAUGCAGAUCGUGCUUCUUGGUGUUUUAUUUGUAUGCUUCUUGGAUGUAACGGUUGGUUAUUGUUACCGUAAAGUAGAAGAUGGAGUUCAUUGCACGCCUAAGGACGGCAUAACAAUGUUAGACGGAAGUGAGCUACUUUUACCAGAAAAGUGUGAGAAGUGUACAUGUUCCCGCCACACUGAUUCCUCAUCCUUGGUUUUGUCUUGCUGCGGAUACGGUAUACACGCAGGGACGUUUGGUCCACCACCGGGUUGCGAAGUGAUUGCUGGCGACGAUGGAUGCUCAGUCAAGAUUGUUCAAGCCCUAGACCAUUCAAAACCAUGUGUGUAGCAAAAUGACAAAUAAAUUAUUUGAAAAGAU